AUGAAUCUUGGCUGGAAAUACUCAUUAAUUUCUAAAGAUAUUGAAAACGAACCAACAUUCAUGAAACCCAUUCAAAUGAUUGAAAAGAUUCAAAAGGACUACAAGACAAAGAAUUUGAUUCGUUCCAUUCGACUCCAAUCAGCACCCACCAACAAAGUGGCUCGGAAACAAACACCCGUUUCCGAAUACAGAGAAAAUGUGUUCAAAGUGGCUAAAACCCUUCUCUCCUAUACUCCCAUGUUUUCUACCUUUGUUGAAUGUUCCAAUUCAUCAAAAACAUCCAUUCCUUCUUCAUCACAAAAUAAUAUUCAAGCCAUGCAACAUGUGUUGGCAUUGUUGAUGAUUGUUAGAAAAUUAGUCUCGUUAGAAUUUAAUCCACCACUCAAUGACGUUGUAAAUUGUGACUUGGUUCCAUUUCUGUUCAAAAUUUUACAUUUUGGAAUAGUUCAAGAAUAUCGAAGACUCUACGAUCCAACAAGUUCAUUCUCUUCUGUAUUGGUAACGCUUUGGAGAGAAUUAAUUUUUGAAGCGUCAUGGAUUCUGACCAAUGUUGCGUCAGGUGCACCUGCUCAUACACAAACCGUGGUUGGAAAUACUGAGCCAAGCAUCACCUCAAUGUCAUCCAUUCAGACCUUACUCAUGCUGCUUCAUAUUGACUCUCAAGAAAUUAAGCAACAAACAUUGUGGAGUUUGGCCAACAUUACUGGAGACAAUGCAACAUAUAGAGAUGCUGUCAUUUAUGCAAUCAUUCCAAGUUCAUUGGAAGGUGCCAAAUAUCUGUACCGAUCACUCAAUACUGAAAAUAUUGAAUUUUCACAGUCACCAUGCCCAAUUACGUCAGCCAUUGACAUUAUUAACAACAUUUAUGUGGAAACCAAGAAAUCACUUUCAAUGAGUAGAAUUAUUGCUUGGACUUUUUCAAAUUGCUUUCGUGGAAAACCAGUCAAUGUUGAUAUCAAAAAUGCUGCCACAGUAGCAACGGUUCUGCAAGAAAUGGUACAAACGUCGACCGAUUUUGACGUCUUAUCUGACGCAUUAUGGGGCAUUGCAUAUGGAACUGAUACACCGGACAUGAAUCUCAUCAAUCUCUUCCUCAACGAUACACUCAUACCAUUACUCGUUCGAAAUAUUUCCACUCAAACCCAUCAAUCCAUUUUAUUACCAUCUCUACGAGUGAUUGGAAAUUUCAUCAGACUCGACGAUAGCACCAUCACACAACGAAUUUUGGAUACUGAGGGAUUUAUGAAUGGUUUGAAACUGUGUGCCCUAUCUGGCAUCUUUUCUGUGAAAAAAGAAUCUCUGUACAUUUUGAGUAAUAUUGCAGCUGGAACUUCAGAACAAGUCAAGACCCUCCUUGAUCAUCAUGUCCUUACCGACGUCAUUUCAGUCGUUUUCAGAACGAGUGAUGCUUUGUUUGUGGGUCGAGAAAUUUAUUCCUUAAAGAAGGAAGCCACUUGGGUUGUGAGCAACAUGACUGUAUAUACUGAACAUUUAGCAUCCAUAUUUGAGACUGGCAUGCUACUCGAAUUUUUGUUACAACUUUAUUGUGACCCAACGACUGAAGUUUUAUUGAAACGUGAGGCAUUGAAUCCAAUAUUUUCCAUCAUUAACCAUUUGGAACCUUUGACUCUCAGAGAAUCUGCUAGACAACGAGUUAUCGAGUUUGCAAAACAAACAGAAACACCUGGUGCCUUAGUUGAGGUGAUCGAAUUGUGUUGUUGGCGAGAGAAAUCACAAGAAGAUACUUCACAGAGUAGCAAGAACAACAACAGUAAGGUCGAACAAGCCGGGGAUACAGAUGGUGGUGUAAAUGAACAGCCCACCAAUUAA